GCCAGCCAUUCCCGAGGCUCUGCCGAGCAAGGCACUGUCCACGCCCUGACCGGUCUAGAGGUCUCCGCUGUGGUCACCAUCCCCGCAGCGUGUCGCGUGUGAUCUCCCAGAGGGACACUUCCUGUUUGCCUUCUCCCUUUAACCGUUCACCUUCCCCUGACACAUCCAAAGUCCAACCCCAAGACUGCAAGGCCCAGCAAGAGGUCAAGAUGGGGUUUAUAUUCUCAAAAUCCAUGAAUGAAAACAUGAAAAACCAACAGGAGUUCAUGGUUACCCACGCCCGACUCCAGCUAGAAAGGCAGCUGACCUUGCAGAAUGAGAUGCGGGAAAGGCAAAUGGCCGUGCAGAUCGCCUGGUCUCGGGAAUUCCUCAAAUAUUUUGGAACCUUUUUUAGCAUUGCAACCAUCUCUUUGACAGCUGGAGCAAUAAAGCAAAAGAAGCCAGCCUUUCUCGCUCCUAUACUCCCACUAAGCUUCAUCUUUAUCUACCAGUAUGACGUGGGCUACGGGACGCUUCUACAACGCAUGAAAAGUGAAGCUGAAGACAUACUAGAAACAGAAAAGACCAAGUUGGAGCUGCCAAAAGGAAUGAUCACCUUGGAAAGCCUUGAAAAAGCCAGAAGAGAGCAGGGUAGAGUCUUGGCAGACAAGUAAAGUCACGUUUAUCCUCAAAGCACAUGUUGUGUCUCAACGCACAGAAAAUUGCUGGCUUGAAUCACAGUGUUUACAGUUUUCUAAGUGAUCAAAAUUUUGAUACAAUGCAUUUUUUAAUUUUAGAAUAUUAAUAUUCAAAAUGAAUUUGUUGAACUAUUUUCAAAUAAAAUUUCUAACGCUCAACAAAUCAUGUCAGUAUUCUAAAUAACACUCAAGUUUCUCGUGUGUACGUGUGUCGUACAGUUAUCUGCAUGCAAAAUUAAUAAAUUAUAUCGUUCUGAAUUUGA